UGUGGUUUCCGGGAAUCUCGAUCCUCGACCGAGGUUAUUCAUGCAACGAACAUCUUGCGUGAUGGUUGUUUGACACAUAGUAAGUCCUCAUGUCUACUCGCGGCGGACUACGAGAAAGCAUUCGACAGACUCGAGCGCCGAUAUAUGAUCGAUUGUUUACGGGCAGCGGGUCUACAUCCAAAAUACUUGCGAAUCAUAUAUCAGAGUUAUGAACAUGCAGCA